AUGUCGGCUGGGGGGUUACAUCUCAAUGAGGAAGGCAACAGAAUACAGGUAGUGGCUGCCGGUGCAACCGCUGGGCUGGUCUCGAGAUUCUGCGUCGCACCACUAGAUGUCGUUAAAAUCCGCCUGCAGCUCCAAAUCCACUCGCUAUCAGAUCCCCUUUCCCACCGUGACAUCAAAGGCCCGAUAUACAAAGGCACCAUCUCAACCCUCAAAUCCAUAUUCCGCGAUGAGGGCAUAACAGGCCUCUGGAAGGGCAACAUUCCUGCCGAGCUCCUCUACAUCUGCUACGGCGGCAUCCAAUUCUCCAGCUACCGUGCCAUCUCCAGCGCGCUCCGCACCCUCCCUCACCCCCUCCCUCAACCCGCCGAAUCCUUCAUCUCCGGCGCCGUCGCCGGCGGCAUCGCCACCACCUCCACAUACCCCCUCGACCUCCUCCGCACUCGUUUCGCCGCCCAAGGCAAUGACAGAAUCUACGCCUCCCUCCGCGCAUCGGUCUGCGAUAUCGCGCGCACGGAGGGCACACACGGGUUCUUCCGCGGCGCCACUGCUGCCAUUGCCCAGAUAGUACCGUACAUGGGCCUUUUCUUCGCAGGGUAUGAAGCCUUGCGGAGUCCCAUUGCCAGCUUGGAGUUGCCGUUUGGCACGGGCGACGCGGGCGCGGGUGUCGUGGCCAGCGUGAUUGCGAAGACGGGGGUGUUUCCGCUGGAUCUGGUGAGGAAGCGACUACAGGUGCAGGGUCCAACGCGGCGGAGAUAUAUUCAUACCAACAUCCCCGUUUACGAGGGCGUGUAUAGGACUAUCAGGGCUAUUUUGGCUUCGCAGGGGCCUAAGGGUUUGUAUAAGGGGUUGACGGUCAGUUUGAUCAAGGCUGCACCGGCGAGUGCAGUAACAAUGUGGACGUAUGAGCAUGUUUUGGGGUUGUUGAAGGAGAUGAAUUGUGGUGAUGAUGAGGAUGGCGGUGGAGGGAUAUAG